GAGCUUCAUGAAGGGAAGAACAUCACCUGCCUGUUUGACCACCCCAAGUUCCCACACAGAGCGCUACGGACCGUCACUUUGCCGGCAUUCUGUGAGUACUUCACAAGUUAUAACUGAGGAUUUGGAGCCAAAAGUAUGGUCUUCGGAGACUGCUUUUCAUUUACUCUAGUUAAUAACAGACUCUAUGUUGGAUCUUGUGUUUUCACUUCCUAUUGUGUAGAUCUGUCUGCUGUUCGGCUGCUGAACCCAGGGUUGGCAGACAGCAGCAACGAGAGCCAGGCUGUAGAGUCAGUGGUUCUGGAGGAAGGACAGAGCAACACCACCAUCGGCCUAGAGGUCAUUGGGGAUGUACCACGUUACAGUAUAGUAUGCACCAAGUAAGAAUACCUGUAUUACUCUCAUAAUACAGACAAGAUGUCUGUUGAUCUCUCUUGAUUGUUAACUUCUGUUAAUCUCAGAAAAAGGACAACAUUACCAUGAAGGAACUGCUGUGAUAAUCUUAUCGGUCAGGGAACAGUUACAAAAAACAACGUUUGCUAUCACGUUUUGCCUUCUAGCAAUUUCAUUAAUUUAUGCUAUUGUUACUGUACUGGUUUUUGCAUCACUAACACAGGGGUGAACAUUGUGUCUGGCAGCUGUGGUGAGAGGUUUGGUUGAAAACCACAGGUGAAAACCUGGCACUAGACACACAUCCUGUAAAUUCUUUUAGAACCAUCCAUCUGCAGAUUAUGCACGUUGACGCCGCGAGGUCUGCGAACCUCAAAGCGCAUGCGUCUCAAAUGGUAUGCGCAAGUGCAACCUGUAACUAGACGUAACGCACCAACUUUGAAUAGCAACAAUCACCAAGUUGGGGACAUUAUCCCUGGAUCUAAAUAUGUGAGAACCAAAGCUCUUAGAUCUGCUGCUCUUCUGCCUUUGGAGAGUGGCUAACUGUGUCUUGUCUUGUGUUGUCUCCUAGAGAAGAGCGGUCUCUCCCUGAAGGUGUGGCGGUGAUUGGCAGUGCUCUAACCCUGCAGGGUCCUGUGGAGCUCUACCAUGCAGGGCUGUAUGAGUGUGAGGCCUCCUACCACAGCCACAGGGCAUCUGUACAGCUGGACAUUACCGUUAACCCACAAGUCAAGCAGCCUGGUACGAGCAGAGCCUUGUCUACAUAUCGUAGGUUUGCUUCCCAAAUGGCACCCUAUUCCUGAUAGUGGUAAAAUGUUUGGAAUGUAGACUAAAUAUCAUAUCACAUCAAAUGUUAUUUGUCACAUGCGCCAAAUACAACAGGUGUAGACCUUACACUGAAAUGCUUACUUACAAGCCCUUCACCAACAAUGCAGUUUUAAGAAAAAUAAGUGUUAAGAAAGUAUUUACUAAAAUAAACUGAAGUAAAAAAAUAUAUAUAACAAAAAAUAUAUAAAAAAGAAAAGAAAAGAAAAUGCAGACUAAAUAUCUUCUUUAUAAUUUGACAACUGGUAGCCAUAUCUGGCGGUCUGCAAUUUGUAGCAAGCCAGCAUAUGUUAAUUCAAGUGACUUCUAUCAUAAAUAUUGACAGAUUGGGUGACUGAUUCAUUGAGUGCCUGGCCGCAGACUGGUGGUAUGUUCAACAAAUCAUCAAACACCAUCAAUUAAAGCUCUAGUGUUAAAAUAAAAUAUUUACAAUAGUACCAUGUAUCCUAUACCUCUGUCAUUUUAUUUACAUUGAGAACAUGUAUCCUAUAUCGGUGUUCUAUCUACAUGCAGCUCCUCCUAACAUCACCAUCCAGUCCAGCUCUGAGUGGGAGGAAGACGUAGCAUACACACUGGUGCAGUGCACUGUGGACAGUGUUGGACCUGCUGCCACCAUCUCCUGGAGUCUUGGAGACAGGGACAGUGACAAUAGUACCAGUCAGCUCACGGAGGUGCAGGAACAGGUAAAGGGAAAGAACAAAUGAAAGGGUGCUUGGAAACAAAAAUAGUUACAGCAAAAAUAUUAUUUGCACACUGACAUGUUUCGGCUCGCAGGUUCAGGGGCAGCCUGAGCUCCAUGCCAAUGGCUCUGUGACGGUACGCAGUAUGUUGAGGUUCCCCACUUCCAUGUUCUCUGGUCAGAAUGUUACCUGUGUGGUGCAUCACCUGGGUCUUGAGAGGCCAGAGAGAAGGGGGAUACUGCUAUGUGGACUGGGUAAGUUAAUUUAUAACUGAGGGGAGGAUGGCUCAUAAUAAUGUCUGGAAUGGAGUCAAUGGAAUGGUAUCAAACACAUCACGCACGUGGUUUCCAUGUGUUUGAUACCAUUCCAUUGACUCAAUUUCAGCCAUUAUUAUGAGCUGUCCUCCCCUCAGCAGCCUCCACUGAUCGCCGCAAUACAUUAUGUGCGUCCCCAAUGACACCCUAUUCCCGCUAUAGGCCCUGGUCAAAGUAAUGCACUAUAAAUGGAAUAGGGUGCCAUUUAGGGACAUACAGUGAGGGAAAAAAGUAUUUGAUCCCCUGCUGAUUUGGUACGUUUGCCCACUGACAAAGACAUGAUCAGUCUAUAAUUUUAAUGGUAGGUUUAUUUGAACAGUGAGAGACAGAAUAAUAACAAAAAAAUCCAGAAAAACGCAUGUCAAAAAUGUUAUAAAUUGAUUUGCAUUUUAAUGAGGGAAAUAAGUAUUUGACCCCUCUGCAAAACAUGACUUAGUACUUGGUGGUAAAACCCUUGUUGGCAAUCACAGAGGUCAGCUGUUUCUUGUAGUUGGCCACCAGGUUUGCACACAGGAGGGAUUUUGUCCCACUCCUCUUUGCAGAUUUUCUCCAAGUCAUUAAGAUUUCGAGGCUGACGUUUGGCAACUCAAACCUUCAGCUCCCUCCACAGAUUUUCUAUGGGAUUAAGGUCUGGAGACUGGCUAGGCCACUCCAGGACCUUAAUGUGCCUCUUAUUGAGCCACUCCUUUGUUGACUUGGCCGUGUGUUUUGGGUCAUUGUCAUUGUGGAAUACACAUCCACGACCCAUUUUCAAUGCCCUGGCUGAGGGAAGGAGGUUCUCAUCCAAGAUUUGACGGUACAUGGCCCCCGUCCAUCGUCCCUUUGAUGCGGUGAAGUUGUCCUGUCCCCUUAGCAGAAAAACACUCCCAAAGCAUAAUGUUUCCACCUCCAUGUUUGACGGUGGGGAUGAUGUUCUUGGGGUCAUAGGCAGCAUUCCUCCUCCUCCAAACACGGCGAGUUGAGUUGAUGCCAAAGAGCUCGAUUUUGGUCUCAUCUGACCACAACACUUUCACCCAGUUCUCCUCUGAAUCAUUCAGAUGUUCAUUGGCAAACUUCAGACGGCCCUGUAUAUGUGCUUUCUUGAGCAGGGGGACCUUGCGGGCGCUGCAGGAGUUCAGUCCUUCACGGCGUAGUGUGUUACCAAUUGUUUUCUUGGUGACUAUGGUCCCAGCCUCCUUGAGAUCAUUGACAAGAUCCUCCCGUGUAGUUCUGGGCUGAUUCCUCACCGUUCUCAUGAUAAUUGCAACUCCACAAGGUGAGAUCUUGCAUGGAGCCCCAGGCCGAGGGAGAUUGACAGUUCUUUUGUGUUUCUUCCAUUUGCGAAUAAUCGCACCAACUGUUGUCACCUUCUCACCAAGCUGCUUUGGCGAUGGUCUUGUAGCCCAUUCCAGCCUUGUGUAGGUCUACAAACUUGCCCCUGACAUCCUUGGAGAGCUCUUUGGUCUUGGCCAUGGUGGAGAGUUUGGAAUCUGAUUAAUUGAUUGCUUCUGUGGACAGGUGUCUUUUAUACAGGUAACAAGCUGAGAUUAGGAGCACUCCCUUUAAGAGUGUGCUCCUAAUCUCAGCUCGUUACCUGUAUAAAAGACACCUGGGAGCCAGAAAUCUUUCUGAUUGAGAGGGGGUCAAAUACUUAUUUCCCUCAUUAAAAUGCAAAUCAAUUUAUAACAUUUUUGACAUGUGUUUUUCUGGAUUUUUUGUUGUUAUUCUGUCUCUCACUGUUCAAAUGAACCUACCAUUAAAAUUCUAGACUGAUCAUUUCUUUGUCAGUGGGCAAACGUACAAAAUCAGCAGGGGAUCAAAUACUUUUUUCCCUCACUGUAUCCAACCCCCACACACUGUCACUCUCUCCCUCCCUCCCCUCAGAGUCCCCUGUGAUGCGUGUUUUUGUUGCGAGGCAGAGGGGAUCUCCUCUGUGGCUGGCUGUGUGUGAGUACAGAGGGGACAGGCUCGGAGCACACCUCUCUUGGGUUCUACCUGACAACACCACAGGCCACAUCUCCUUCCGGUCUGGGUAUGAAGGAGUGAGAGUGCUAAUCAACCUCACCUAUGAGUUCCCACUGGCCCGCCACGAGGGACAAAACCUGAUCUGCCUCAUUCAAAAUCACCAUGGACUAAAGGAGAGGAGGACAGUCCAUGUCCCCAGAUACUGUAAGUGUAAUAGGGAAUAGAUAGAGACAGAGAUUAUCCCCUUUUUUAUAUAUAUAAAGCACCUAGCACCACAAAAGAUUGUACUUGCUUGUUAUACUACAUAUACAUUCUGUACACUCUUAGAAAAAAGGGUUCCAAAAGGGUUCUUCAGCUGUCCCCAUAGGAGAUGCCUUUUUGGUUCCAGGUAGAACUCUUUUUGGUUUCUCUGGAAAGGGUUGUUCAUGGAACCCAAAAGGGUUUUGUGGUAUCGAGAACUAUGCUGAGAUGCUGUGAGAACAAGAAUUCCGCUGACACUGUACUUUGAUUACAAAGGUUUAUUUAUAUCAAAGGGUUCCAGCGUCAAUUUACAGAUAUCUGCCGAUAUCUGGAGAAUAACCGGACCCCAAUCUGUAAUAUGUUAUUCUGUCCUUGUCACGGUUUCGGCCGAGGCUGCCUCUCUCCCUUGUUCGGGCAGGCUUCGGCGUUCGUCGUCUCCGGAAUUCUAGCUGCCACCGCUAGAUGUUUCAUGUUCGUUUGCUUUUGUCUGUUUGUUUCCACACCUGUUUCUGUUUUGACGUAAUUAGUGUCCUAUAAGUUUCUCGUUGUGUUUGUCUAGUGUUGUGUGUGAUUGUUUCCGUCAGUGUUGUGUUUUGCUCGGUUGAGCGUAUUUCUCCACUGUGCUGGAGCUUAUUUUGCACUUGUGUGUGCACCGUUACAUUUUGUCGCACCUGUUAGUGCGCAUUUACCUUUCGCCUUCGUGCGGGUUUUGCUGUCGGGCUUAGUUGUCCUGUUGCCUGUGUUGGGCCAGUAAUACAGCCUUUGGAACAUUCAGUCUGCGUCCUGCGUUUGAUUCCUACACUACACCUACAACACGCCCUGACAGUCCUCCUUUGUUUUAACCGUGGUAUUUAUAUCCUAUGCCCUAUGUAACAUAAUAUGGGUGUUUUCCCCUACAGACCAAUCCCAGGAGGCCACCUAACAGACUUCCUCAGCUUUAGGGUGACCCUAUAGAACUACUUCCCAGAUGCUCCCUUUAAGCUGAGUCAACAUCCUCUAAAACCACUUGAAACCAUUAGCAAAGUCAUAAAUUCCUCAGAGACCACAGUUUCUACCUGGAACUAAAAGGGUUCUACCUGGAACCAAUAAGGGUUCUUCAAAGGCUUCUCCUAUGGGGACAGCAAAUGCAUCUUUUAGGUUCUAGAUAGCACCUUUUUUCUAAGAGUAUACAUUUCUGUCAUGACAUUCAUAGAGGUAUAUUACUUGCCAGGCAUGCCAAGCUCCAACCUCCCGUUCAACAUUUAACUACAACUACAGUGAGGGAAAAAAGUAUUUGAUCCCCUGCUGAUUUUGUACGGUUGCCUACUGACAAAGACAUGAUCAGUCUAUAAUUUUAAUGGUAUGUUUAUUUGAACAGUGAGAGACAGAAUAGCAACAAAAUAAUCCAGAAAAACGCAUGUAAAAAAUGUUAUAAAUUGAUUUGCAUUUUAAUGAGGGAAAUAAGUAUUUGACCCCUCUGCAAAACAUUACUUAGUACUUGGUGGCAAAACCCUUGUUGGCAAUCACAGAGGUCAGAUGUUUCUUGUAGUUGGCCACCAGGUUUCCACACAUCUCAAGAGGGAUUUUGUUCCACUCCUCUUUGCAGAUCUUCUCCAAGUCAUUAAGGUUUCGAGGCUGACAUUUGGCAACUCGAACCUUCAGCUCACUCCACAGAGUUUCUAUGGGAUUAAGGUCUGGAGACUGGCUAGUCCACUCCAGGACCUUAAUGUGCUUCUUAUUGAGCCACUCUUUUGUUGCCUUGGCCGUGUGUUUUGGGUCAUUAUCAUGCUGGAAUACCCAACCACGACCCAUUUUCAAUGCCCUGGCUGAGGGAAGGAGGUUCUCACCCAAGAUUUAACGGUACAUGGCCCCGUCCAUCAUCCCUUUGAUACGGUGAAGAAGUCCUGUCCCCUUAGCAGAAAAACACCCCCAAAGCAUAAUGUUUCCACCUCCAUGUUUGACGGUGGGGAUGGUGUUCUUGGGGUCAUAGGCAGCAUUCCUCCUCCUCCAAACACGGCGAGUUGAGUUGAUACCAAAGAGCUUGAUUUUGGUCUCAUCUGACCACAACACUUUCACCCAGUUCUCCUCUGAAUCAUUCAGAUGUUUAUUGGCAAACUUCAGACGGGCCUGUAUAUGUGCUUUCUUGAGCAGGGGGACCUUGCGGGCGCUGCAGGAUUUCAGUCCUUCACGGCGUAGUGUGUUACCAAUUGUUUUCUUGGUGACUAUGGUCCCAACUGCCUUGAGAUCAUUGCCAAGAUCCUCCCGUGUAGUUCUGGGCUGAUUCCUCACCGUUCUCAAUGUCAUUGCAACUCCACGAGGUGAGAUCUUGCAUGGAGCCCCAGGCCGAGGGAGAUUGACAGUUCUUUUGUGUUUCUUCCAUUUGCGAAUAAUCGCACCAACUGUUGUCACCUUCUCACCAAGCUGCUUGGCGAUGGUCUUGUAGCCCAUUCCAGCCUUGUGUAGGUCUACAAUCUUGUCCCUGACAUCCUUGGAGAGCUCUUUGGUCUUGGCCAUGGUGGAGAGUUUGGAAUCUGAUUGAUUGAUUGCUUCUGUGGACAGGUGUCUUUUAUACAGGUAACAAACUGAGAUUAUGACCACUCCCUUUAAGAGUGUGCUCCUAAUCUCAGCUCGUUACCUGUAUAAAAGACACCUGGGUGCCAGAAAUCUUUCUGAUUGAGAGGGGGUCAAAUACUUAUUUCCCUCAUUAAAAUGCAAAUCAAUUUGUAAAAUUUUUGACAUGCGUUUUUCUGGAUUUUUUUGUUGUUAUUCUGUCUCUCACUGUUCAAAUAAACCUACCAUUAAAAUUAUAGACUGAUCAUUUCUUUGUCAGUGGGCAAACGAACAAAAUCAGCAGGGGAUCAAAUACUUUUUUUCCCUCACCGUACCUGUCUGUUGACUGUAUGUAUCUAGGGAGUGGUUUGUUUUUUGCCCCCUGUUGACCACUUCUCCUUCCCCUUCUUAGACAUCUCAUCUGUCAGAGUACUGAACCAAACCACUCCCCUGUACAAACCUUAUGGAGAUGAGUUUGUUAUCCACCGAAUGUCCCUAAAGGAGAAUUUCCACAACCAGAGGAUCCUGCUCAAAGUCUAUGGCAGUGUGCCAACAUACAGCCUUACCUGUCACAGGUAAUAGCCUCUUUGCUAGACUCUCUUUUUUACUGUAUUCCUUCCCUUCAGCUUCUGAACUGUAGAGGCUGAGUGAGAGAGCUAAAGUAGGAUGGAAGACAGAGUAGGGCAGGGCCCUGUCUGUGGUAAUAUUAUCACUACACGGGCGGUAAUUUCUACGAACAUUGUUCUCGUCCAGAUGGAAGUUCUCAUUUGUAUUGUUUUAUGAGAGCUUUUAACUAGACAAUCAAAUAAGUGCAGUGUCUUAAAGCUGCCAUCAUGCCUUAUUAAGAUACUAUCAGGACUUCUGAUACUUCGCAUGGCAGGCCAUGCGGUCGGUGGCACUAAAGAACCCUUUUAUCAGGGACAAUGAGUGACUCAUAAAGCAGUAUAUCCUCAGAGGUCCUGACACUCUCCUGCCCUCCCACACACAGGCUCACAUAAAUUGUGUUAGGAGUUAUUCUGUCAAGCUAUUCUGGGUAAAGCUGUGUUCAUAUCUGCUAAGCUGGAUGAUACAGUUACUUAGUUAUACACCUAAGUAGAUAUAUGAAAUACAAUGUCUCAUUAGAUUUUUACCACUCAAUGUCAACUAUAGCAGUGGUUUUGUAUGACUUUUUUGUCUGUUUUCCACAUCUUUUGGAAUGCACCAAAAAGUGUUAUGAUAGCAGUUUCCCCCCUCACUUGCUUAUCUUAUUCUCUCUUCAUGACUGUCUUCUUUGCCACUUAGCUGAAAAACAGAUCAGACAAACGUGUGUACUAUGUAAUGACCUUCUGUGUCCUGCUGUGUGUUCAAGAAAUGACGGUACAUUGGUCCAGAUGGAUGGCCGGGCUCUGUUGUUCCAAUCAGAGGUCACAAAGCGGGAGGCGGGCCUCUACACCUGCCACGCCUCUUUCUACCACCAUCAGGCCUCGGUCCUCAUUCAAGUGGAGGUCACCAGUGAAGAUCAACAGCUCAGUGAGUGUACACUCACCUUAUCAUGCAUCAGUGAAACAACAAUAUGUAAGAUAUUUCAGUGCUUUCUGGUGAACAUCCAAAAAUGAUUGGCAUAUUAAAAUGUACAUAUAAUUUGCAUUUACUUCCAUUUACAACAGGUGUUCCAUUCCAUUUACUUCCAUUUUGUGUUACCUGAUGUCUUUCUCCUGUGUGUUUGUGCAGUGAUAGUCUUCAUCGUCUGCUUCUCCUCGGCUGCAGCCAUCACGAUCCUCCUCAUCGUCACUCUGUGUGUUUUCUGGUGAGUCGAUCAGAGCGAAUGCGUCCUCCUGUAGUUGACAGACAGACAGACAAACAGCAACUCAGCAGGUGACAUGAUUACAGGUAGCACGCCGGCAACCAGCAGGUUGGCAGGUGACAAACAGGAAACCAGGUCUGUGCAUCUGAUGGUUACUACAGCUUAGCAUGACCAAAGUAUCACAGAGCUAUUCACAAACAGGAUGCUCUGUGGCUGGAGCAGACAGGUACAUCUGCCACCACAGCUCUGCCACACCACUCACACAGUCUGAUUCUCUCUGUCUCUGUGGUAAAGACAACACAUUUAACGUUAUCAUAGGGCAACUAUAGAGCUUUACUCUGAGUGACUACUCUGGAAGUAAGAAAAGCUAUUCAAAAGCUUCACAGCUGGAGAAUUCAGAUUGUAAAUCAAUCCCAGUUGCAAUGCUUGGAAUGAGAAAAAUGCAUAAAGCAGUCAUCUCUUGUUGCUGUCAUUGGAUCUGAUCAGAUAAUCAGACAGGUGUCUCACUACCAUAGUGUUUGGAUACACUUUGUGAUCCCAAAAUUCUCUAAAAGCAUCUGAUCCACAAAUCCAUGAAAACUCUCACACAGGGCUCUGGUCAAAAGUAGUGCACUGUGUAGGGAUUAGGGUGCCAUUUGGGACGCAGACUAAGUUCCUCUUUGUCAGGACUCGUGUGAGAAGGGAUGGUAAAUAUAUAGACACAGACACACUCACUGCACUUCAGUGUUAGUUCAGAGGCUGAUUCAUUGUGUCUUUGGUCAGUACAUUUGAUCAAGGUGCCAUUGGUUCGAUGAGCAUCACUGUCCCAUUAUCCCUGGUUCCUGUGGGAAGGUCCCGUCAGGCUAAUUUGGGAAGGUCAGUCAGUUGGACAGCAUACACAGAGAAAACAUGACGCCCCAGGAGAAUAGCUAUUCCGGGAUUUACGUCACCUCCGGUCGCCAGCACUAGGAACACUUUUUGAAAGGAGCAGGUCUUCAUUGGCCUGGUUGGUGUCAUGGGGAUCAUGAUGGAUAAGGGGAGCUACUGCUUCUGACAUCAGAGAGAUCAAUGAUGAUGUCUGGGGUCACCAUCAUUCUGCUUAUAUAUUCCUGUCGCAUAAUGCAUUCACAGUUCACACAAUCAGUGGCUCUGUGGAAGUCUGUUCACUCAUACAACAGCGCCUCCAAGGGGUACAGUUUGGCAAUGCAGGUAAUAAUAAUAAUAAUAAUAUGCCAUUUACAUUUACAUUUACAUUUUAGUCAUUUAGCAGACGCUCUUAACCAGAGCGACUUACAGGAGCAAUUAGGGUUAAGUGCCUUGCUCAAGGGCACAUUAACGUCAUUUAGCAGACGCUCUUAGCCAGAGCGACUCACAAAUUGGUGCGUUCACCCUAUAGCCAGUGGGAUAACCACUUUUAUCCAAAGCGACUUACAGUCAUGCGUGCAUAAUUUUUUUUGUGUAUGGGUGGUCCCGGGGAUCGAACCCACUACCUUGGUGUUACAAGCGCCGUGCUCUACCAGCUGAGCUACAGAGGCCAUACAACUUUCUUAGUGAGGAUGAUACCCAACUCUAUAAAAAAAUCAAAAGAAUUAGACAAUAUUUGAAAUGCUGUCUGCCACUGUAACACAAAUGACAAUUAACUGUUCAUUUGUUUUGCAGCAAAAUAAAUGGAGGAGACCGCCCAGCAUCUAAGGUUGGUAUCAGUCUUUCUUACAAUUUUUCUCUAGCUGUUGACCUCUCAAAAAAACAUUAUGCAUGCUUUGAAUUAUUGAGAAUGGUCCUCUUGCCUUCAUUAAUCUAUUCUUAUAGCUUCUAUCCAUAGGUCUUUAUUCAACAUUCAAUGUGCUUUAUACCCCUUUCUCCUAUCUUCUCUGGUCACUGAACUCCUGUAAGAAGCGGGAGUCACUGGCACCCUUGACCUCUCUGACCCAGGAACUGUGCUCUCCAGAGCUGAGGAAGGGGAAGGCAGCAGUGACAGUACCAGGAGGAGGAGGCCAGGAGUACAACCAGCUGCUCAGCUACUCUAUUGUCAUUGAUGCCAGAUCCACUGUGUAAACAACAGCGUGUGUCCCCUACUGGCACCCUAUUCCCAAUACAGAGCACUACUUAGAGCACUACUUGUGCACUGUAUAGUGAAUAGGGUGCCAUUUGUGACUGAUUUAUUUUAUUUGCCAGUUUAAAAAACACAUACUCACAGUACAUGCAUUUAAAAAACUUGACAGGGAUAUCAGAGACUUAUUUCCAUUGUGGUCCCUAAAUUCCAUGGUGCAAAAACAUUACAACAUUACAUAG